GACAAAAGCUCAGCCAACAUGAAGAUCUCCUUCGGAAUACUGGCUGUAACGGCUGCUUUGAUGGCGACGACCUACGCUGCUUCUGAUGCCCAGUCUGCUCUGGAGAUGGCGCAGAAUUACCCAAAGUGUACACUCAUUCCUGAGUCUGCCUGUACAAUGACUGAUGUCAAUUGUCUUUGUACCAACGUUCCGCUGAAUACCAAAUUGACAAUGUGCGUCUUGGAAACGUGCACUACGUUCGAAGGAUUGNNAGUGAGUGACCACAUCGAUGCAUCAUGUAUCUUGGAUCAACUUGUUGACUUUCCGAUUCCAGCAACGAAGAAUGUCUCUUCCGAAAUGUGCGGUGCGCCAGUACGAGACCAGUCAUUGAAGCCACUUCUCAUCGGAGUCAUUGGCGGUGCUAUCGCUCUCGUGAUAUUCGUUUUGAGACUCUGCUCUGUACUGCCAGCUGGUGGGCGUCAUAUGGGCAUGGAUGAUUAUGCCAUCUGUGUCGCUGUCGCUCUCGGUAUACCCCCGACGGUGUUCUCUGUUCUUCACAUGUGGACACUGCCGUUGGCCAAUAUUGAGAACGUUCUUUUCAUCUUCUAUUUUGCCUCGAUCACCGCAACUAAGAUCUCGAUCCUUGCAUUCUUCCUCCGUGUCUUUCCCAAAAAGAGCGUCCGCCAGAUCGUCUACGUCGUCAUGGGAGUCUGUGUUGCAUAUGGUCUCUCAUUCGUUCUUGCUACUACAUUCCAAUGCAGUCCGGUUUCAUACUCGUGGAAGCAACUCGACGACAACUACGCAGGCUCAUGCAACAAUAUUCAUAUCCAGGGGUGGAUGAGUGCAAUUUUCAACAUUGUCAUCGAUAUUAUCAUUCUCGUGCUUCCUCUGAGGGAACUCUAUGCACUGAAUACCAGCUUGAAGAAGAAGCUUAUGGUCAUGAUCAUGUUCUCACUUGGGGACUACAACGACGCGGCUUGGUGGAGUACCGUCGAGAUUCAUGUCGGCAUCGUCUGCGCAUGUCUACCUUCAGUCCGAGCUCUUUUCGUAUCUCUCGGCGCGUCUUCCCUCGGUACUACCAGACACAAUUCCAGACCAACUGGCCACCAGGCCUCGAACAAUUCGGGAUUUACCAGUAGCUCACUGGGAGGGAGCAAAAUCGGUGCACUAGUCAAGGAAAAGUCGGUCUCUGUGCCGAAACAUGGAGACGAGGAGGAUUUUAUCCCUCUGGUAGACAUGGGCAGCAACAAAGGCUGA